AUGAUUGUUGGUACAUUCACCACUCGUGGUGAGAAAGUUCCAUCACGAAACAUUGGAGGCAUUGGAUUUGUCGUACACGUAUCUGUUGCCCUAAAACCGUCACUAUUCAACUGCUAUUCUCCAACAUCAGCAACUGAUGAUUCGGAACUUGAUGCUUUUUAUGAGGAUCUGGAGGAAGUCAUUCGCAAAGAAAACUUCCAUAAGUUCGUCGUGAGUGGCCUCAAUACGAAAAUCGGGACAGAAGAAGGGGAGUACAGGAUCGGGAGAUUUGGAUCAGGACUCCGCAGUGAGAAUGCCGUCUUGUUGGGCUCUUAUCCGCCGCACGACUUUUUCAUGGCAAUUCUUUCAUGA